UAUUAAUAUAAAAUGGGGGAUUCUUUAGAGUCUCCAGAGGAGAAAGAUAUGAAAUAAGUAAAAGGAGUUAAGAACUCAGUUCAUUUUGAAGAUAUGAGUUAAAUAAAGAGAAAGGAGAAAGGUAAUAAGCUAAUUCAGAAUGAAUGUGAUAAAUUUAAGUAUUUAUUCUAAAUUCCGAAUAUAAUUUCUGAUCCAAAACUAGUAUAACGUAGAAAGACAUUUGAGACAUUUACAAAGAAUGCAAAUUUAGAAUUAUAUUAUAUGCAUUUAAAAAAGGCAUCAGGUAUAGCAAGGAGUAUAUCAUAAAAGGCAGAUUAUAAAGAAGUGAUAGCAAAAAUACAUAAUAAUAAGAUAUAAGAUUAAUUUGUACACAAAUUACAAAAGAAUAAGGGAUUGAUAUUAACAAAUGAGUUAUGGUCAAAUAAAUUAUUAAGUUAAGUAUCUGAUUAAUCAAGAUUGAAAGAAUUAUCAUAAAUGUUGUAAUUGUAAAAGAUUAAGUAGAAUUCUGAAGAACAAUUAUAGAAUUAUGAAUAAUACUUUAAAUAGUUUUUGAAAUAAAAAUGUUAGAAUGAAUUAGAUAUAAGAAAAGGAGAGAUCAAUGAUUUAGAUGAAUAAGCAACUCUUGAUUAAACAUAUAAAGAUAGUCGUAUUUUAUCAAGGAAUUAAAGCGUUCCAAUAAUGAAAUAGACAGAUUAAAGUUUUUUUUCAAGGGAAAUAUUAACAGCUUAGAUAGAUAAAAAAAGAAGAAUAGGAGAAUCUUAACAUAGUACAUAUAAAUUAGCUGAAUUAUUAAAGUUAUCAAAUGAAGAGAUAAAUUCAACUUAAGGAAUUGUUAUAAAAUUAAAAAGAUUCUCAAAAGAACAAGCAGAAAUAUAAGAUAAACCUAAAAAUAUUAGAAUAAGGAAGCUAUUUGCUCAAUAACUCAAUAAUGUAAUUAAGAAUUCAAAGAAGAUCAAUUGA